UUGUGAAGGACGCGUGUCGGCUGUUAGCGGAAGUGUUGCUGUAGCUGCUGAAAAUUGAAGUUGCCGGUCAGCAGAAGGUCGGCCAACAACAACAGCAACAACAACAACAGCAGUUAGCAGCAGCAGUGAGGCUUAACUCAGAGUUAAACUGCCACCAGCGAGCAGCUCCGUCACUUUGAGCGGGAAACGCACAACUUCCGGUCACCAUUUGAACUAGUCGCCUCUCUCUGGAUUAUCUGCUAAUGCUAAUGUGCUAACGGACGUGUUAGGUGUGCGGCGGCUAACGUUAGCGUGCAGGCGUAUUCAGCUUAAGUCUCGCCGUAAGUUGUUAGCUCUGUUAGCUGUUAGCAUGCAGUGUGUUAACCUGCUGAAGAAAAGAAGUUUGGAGACGGAAGUGGAGCCGUGGAGACCGAAGCGGUUGUGUUUGGAGGCGGAGCUCCGGUCAGCCGAGUGUCCAAUGGAAACAUCCCACACUUUUACUCUGUCCAAUCAGCAGCAGGAACAGCAGGCGAGUGUCAGUCAUCAUGGCAUCACACAGGUGAGCAUGGUCCGAUCCAGACCGCCUCUGCUCUGCUGCCCCCGGUGUCUCGGAGGAGAACCAGGUCACAUCAACCACAUCAUGGGCCACUAAAGAUCUGAUCAACACCACUGAUGGAGGAGCAGGAGGAGGAAGAGGAGGCAGCAUCCUGUCCUCCUGACCCCUUCAGGAACCACGGAGUCGUCCUGUAAAAACUUUGAUGCAUCAGAAACCGUCCAGACAGACAACGUCUCACAGCAGUCCAUUCCUGCAGGAUGAUGUCAUAACCUCACCAACUGAAAGGACCAAUCAGGUGCUUUGUGAUAAAAUCUGGUCCCUUUCACUACAUGAUUACUGUCACAUCCUGCUGAUAGUUUCUUCUUUAGUUUCAACUCAAACCUGCUCACAGCUUCACUUCUUUUGUGCUGCUGGUGUGUUUAAGGACCCUCCGACAUCUGAGGUCAGACUCAAGUGUUUGUUGUCACAUUCUUCUGUUGAACUGAACUAGUCAAACAUUUAGUAUAAAUCAGCCUCAGGUUGUGUCUGCUGUUCUCUGGUUCUGGACAUGUCUCAGAUGUCCUUUGGUCCUUGAACCCACCAUCAGGUGGAGUGUAUAUAUAUAGCAUUAUUGUGUUUUAAUAAUGAACUUUAGGAUCAGUUAUCACAUCAGAGUAUAAGCCCCACCCCCCCCCCAGCUGGUCCCCUUCCUCCUACCUGAUAUCUGAUUGCUUCACUUUACAAAGUAACAACGUUGAAAUAUCCGACACGCAGUGAACUCACCAGUUUAAUGGAAGCGUGUAGUUCAGUAUCAGAUAAUGAUAACCAAUAAUCAGCUGUGAUUGGUCAUCAUGUCAUCAGUGAUGUGACCUUUGACCUCCAGGCUUAGACGUUCACCGUAAAGGGCUAUUACACUGUUUGUAAUGCACAUUACAACAUGUCAACAGCAUUAGCUUAUUAGCUUAGCAGGAUGGCUAACAUAAGUUUAAUCAGUGUUAUUAUUCCUGGGUAAAAAGCUAUGACAGCUUCGUCCAAUCAGAACACUUGAUGUGCAUCGGCCAAUCACAGACAGUUUUUAUUAUGAUUAUUAUGAUUUGUAAAUGUUUUUAAAUGAAUGCUCACAGACAUCCUGCAGAGCCUCGGUUCUGUUCCUCAUGUUCAGUUCUGUGUUCUGACACUCCUCUCAAACAGACGAUGUGAUGUUUGGACACGUGAUCGUUCGGUUCAAGUUAUAACAAAGACAUGACAAAUGUAUCAAGUCAGUUGCGUAUUUAUUUAUGAUUGAUGGAUUUGAUCGACCAGACUGUCAGAGGGACUGAUGAUCACCAUGAGCAAUGUGUUCUUCCUCUCAACAUUCAACGUGAAUUAAAGGGAAAAUCAGUCAAACUGAAAUCUUCUGGUUUGUAAAAUUUUCAUGAAGUCGAUUUUUGUAUUGAAGCAUUUUUAUGAAUCUGACUGAAUGUAAAGAGCUCUAUUUUUGAUGACAUCAUUUCCUGCUUACCAAUUUAAAAUAAAACGUGUCUGAAAACUGA